AUGGAAGACAAGAGGACUCCACGUGAAGUUUUCACGAAGAUUGAGAACAUUCUAAAGACCACACUUGGAGUUAAUGAAUUGGUACUGCAGCACAGUAAGACAAAUGACAGAACUGUGAAAGAUCUACUAACAUGUGUCAACAGGAGUCUUGGUGAAAUCAGAGUUGAGGUUAAACACUUGAAAAAUAUGACAUUGCCGCUGAUCGAGAAGAAGAUCAAGUAAGGUUUAGAAUGUUUUUUUAUAGAAUGUAGUUUUGAUAAUCAUGCUAUUAGUUUUUAACUUAUAUUAAGGAUGUUAUGAGGCAAUAAAAAGUUAUUUUUAAAGAAAAUACGAUUAAAAUCAAUCUUGUUUAUAGUGGAAAACGAGAAAUAAUGGAUAAUGAAGACGAUGACAUUCAAAUUAUCAAUGAUGUCAGCAAGUCGCCUACGCCUACUGCACCCAAACGACCUCUACCUGCAGUUAAAAAUGCCAAGAAAUCUGUGAAGGGACCUUCACCUGUUAAAGGUAAGUUAUCAUGGAUAGAUAGUUAACGUUAAGUAUGGUAGGACUGUUUGAAAUGUUGCUUAAGAUACAGUUAUUAAGUUGUUUAAAUAAUUCUGUGCUUUCCUUACAAAAGUUGCCUUGAAAGAGGGCACGGAAUUAUUUGAAAAAUUAACAUUACGGUAGGGAGUGGAUCGUUAUCAAUUAUUAGGGUAGAGAGAGCAUCGUUAACUGGAGAUGAAGAUAUAAAGAAUUGUCACAAACUUUUUAUCUACAGAUUGUUGAUGGAUUAUAAAAUAUAUUUUUAGCUAAAGGCGAUAUUGAUUACGAACCUUCUACUCAAGGCACCUUCUCCACUCAAGAUGAUCUUUUUACUCAAGAUGUGGCUUCAACUCAAGGUGCAUCUUCUACUCAGGAGCCUUUAGAAGUCACUGAAUCAAGUGAAGAAGAUGAACCGGAAUCUCAGGAUACGGUUGAUGAUUUGCCUCUGAAAAGAAGGACACGAAGCGGUGGUAAAAAACCACGACGAAGACGAUCGGUGAGUUUACUACAGCUAAUAUUUGUCUUUUCAUUAAUAUUUUCUGAUAUCCUAGUUAAGUAGCUCAAUAGUAUUUAUACAAUAUAAUAUCUACGGUAAAAAUGAUGUUUUAGUUUUACUAUUUAAUUUAAAAAAAAUAUUUUUUGGAUAAUAAAGGGGAGUACGUAUCGUCACCUAAUUUUUAUUUGUAGGACUCGAGUGAGUACAUGGAAGAAGAACCAAGUAGAAGACGUUCAAGAGUAUCAACCGGUGCUGAAGAUGCUCUCUGUAGAUACUGUGGCCGAGUGGUGAUUAAGAGCACAGAAAAGUCGUGCGCUGGAUGCGUUAGAUUUGUAUGAUACCCAGCUUCUCAUAUUUAUUAUUUUGCAUUCUUCUCAUUGUAGUAUGUUCGGUGAUAUAGUAUUUACUAAUAAACAACUGUAAUAUUGCUAAGUCGUUUUGAUUGGUUAAAACCGAUGUUUAUAUCAUUAAAGGGUGUUUAUAAUACCAAUGUUUUAGUGGCCAGAAGAACAUUAUUAUAGAUGUUGUUAUAGGUAUUUAAACUUUAAUUUUUUUGUUGUUACAGCAGCUAAAAUCUAUGUCAAUAAAAUUGUUUUACUUAGGCUGAAUCGUUUAGAUGGGAGAUCGGACGGUGACGAUAGAAUCGGUGAAGAAACGCGUCAAGUUGCUGACCAAUGUCGCGGAUUGUCUUAGCAAGUAUACUGGUAGCUUGAAUAGUGCUUCCACUGAAUUGGUCGCGGCUUUACAAAGAGGUUUGACUGCGGUUCACAAUGACCUAUGCACUUUGGAAGGUAGAAAUGCUAACAAGAUGAGUGUCGUUGUCAAAAGGUCGUCGAAGGCUGAUACGGAAACUGCUGGUGAUUUGAGGAGGACCAGCGCUGUUGGGUGGAGGAAUAGUACUAAUACAGGAUCACGAAAAAGCACUGAGGAAUCAAAGAAGCCUUCGAUAAAUUCACAGAAAAUUAAUGUGAAUGCCAGAAGGAGUAGUGUCUCUCAAUCAUCUACAACAUCACCUAAGAAGGAUACAGGGAAGGAUCAGAGUCGCGUGGAAGAUCCUUCUAAGAACUCUCUGAUGCCAGGGCCAAGUAUAUUAUCAAAUGUCACAAAACGCAAAAAUCACUAUACAGAUGACGAAUAUCCACCUGGCACAUCAUCACAAGCAUUGAAAAAGCAUACCAGAUUAAGUGGUGCAAGUACGAACAGUGUACAAAAGAAGUCACCCGUUAAAGUCAGUAGUCAAAGCGCUUCAUUUGGUGCGACAAGCGCUAAAGACGGUUCAGCUGGUGCAAUUGGGACAACCGUUGGCCAGAAAAAGUCUCCUAUCAAAAUUAAUCGUCAUAAUGAUUCACCUGGUCCAAGUGUUGCUAAAAAUGAUUUUUCCGGUUCAAGAAGUCCAUACAAAAGAGUUAGUGUCAAUACUCCGCAAAGUGGUCCAUCUGGUACUCCAAAGAAAGCGAAGGUUGAGCAAGAUGUCAAGAACACUCUUGGCACUGUGCCUUCUACUAGUCAAGAUGUAAGUUGGAAUUGAAGGUGCGAAAAAUGUAACAUAAAAGUAAAGUUUAGUAAAGUUUUUGCUUUUUUUAACUUUUUUUGUGGUAGGUAAAUCCUAAUUGUAAGCUUAUUUCUAAGAUAAUGAAAUGAUAGUGAAUGUCAAAUUUGGUGUUACAGAUUCGGCGCAGCUCCAGAGGAUCUAGCUCAUUUGUCCCAAUGCGAUUAUGUUCAACGUGCCAAGAUUUUACAUUCGGUGCGGACAUGUGCAAGUAGGUUUUAGCAAUUUAUUUGAUAUCUUAAUGUUUAUGCUUUAAAGUUUUGUUGCCAUAUUUAAAUAAAAAACAACUUGAAAUUAUAGGAAAUGUAAACAGAGACAAGCACAAAUAGAGAAUAAGAAAAGGAAGGACAACUACAUUAAAAGGAACAAAAAACUUGAAAAAGAAGCUUUGAAACAACUUCAAGAAGAAGAAGAACAGCCACAAGAAGAAGAAUAA